AUGAACGGUCCCUGCAAGGAGUCUGCGAAGAAUGAAAAUCAGAAGGGAGAAGCAGCGGCCACCGCGCGUCAGGCAGAGGCCCUGGAGGCCGAGAACUUCUGGACCGAAGAGUCACACUUUGCUCUGGAAACAGAAGGCACCCAGGGGCUUGGAGAACCCGUCCUGCCUACCCUCUAUCUGGAGUCUUGCCAGGCCCACAGUGUUGUACCGGCUUCUUGUCUUCUGCGCCAAGGGAGUGCCUCCGAAUUGAACCUUCGACACCGGGGCCUGGGGCCUCAGGGGGCCUGGGCUCUGGCUUCCACGUUGACCUCUAAUCUCUACAUCAAGCGUCUGGAUCUUCGGGACAAUGGGCUCUGUGGGGCUGGGGCAGAGGCUCUGGCCCAUGUCCUGUGUAAGAACAGCAUUAUCUCUGAUGUGGACCUGUCAGAGAACCAGAUUGGAGCUGCAGGGCUCCAGGCUCUCUGUGCCGCCCUUGCCUUAAACCCAGCUGUGCAGAAGAUGCGACUGGGAGGGAACAGGCUGGAGGAAAAGGCCACCCAGCACCUGGCCGCCCUUCUGCUGCUUCCCACGGGCCUGAAGUCCCUAGACCUCAGCUAUAAUCAGCUCAAUGACCUGGCAGGAGAGAUACUUGGACCUGCCUUGGCAGAAAACACAGGCCUCACGGAGCUUAACCUCAGUUGGAAUCACCUUCGAGGCCUGGGAGCCAUUGCCUUUGCCAAGGGUCUGGAGGCAAAUAUAUUCUUGAAAGUCCUAGACAUCUCUCACAAUGGCUUUGGAGACUCCGGAGCCUCUGCGAUAGGUGAGGCCCUCAAGGCCAACAACGUGUUGGAAGAACUAAACAUGAGAAACAACCGAAUCUCCGUGACAGGGGCCCUGAGCCUGGGACUGGGUCUGCAGGUCAACCAGACACUGCGGAUUCUUACUAUUUCCAAGAAUCCCAUUCAAAGUGAAGGAUAUGUCAGCCUCCUUAAGUCCAUCCGGAACAACAGAUCGUCUGCCCUGGAACUACUGGACCUCUCUGAUGUCCAAGUGAACAGAGAGUGUGAUGACCUUGCUAGCUCAGUGAAUGUAAUUCUUCCAGGACUUUGUAUAAAGAAUAACACUUUCAGAAGAAAAGACUAUCCACCAGCCUCCACACCAUCCCAGCUAGCAUCUGCCCCAAGUGGCUCUGGUCUCAUCUCUAGUAUGCCACUCUAAUGUCUACACUGAUGCCCAUUCCACAUGGCCUCUGCCAUAAUCUGGGCUUCAUUUGCUAUGGCUCAUUCAUUCAACCAAAAAACCUCCCAUGAACAACAUGGACACAAGGACAAUGACAUCCCUGUCAUCUAGGUGUUCAUGUUCUGGUGACCCUGUUAGACAAAAUAUAAGGAGAGAUGGAAUUCCCAAGCUCUUGAAAGAAGGCAAACAGUCACAACCCACUGGAAGGCAAUGUUCCAUUACUAAUGUUCCAAACUGUAAAAUCACCUGUGUGCUUCAGUCUAGCUGACGGACUGAUCUGCUCGACAGAAAUAACCAGAGCCUCAGAGAAAAACUGCUGCUGACUACCGGGUAUGUAACUCAGUGGAGUGCUUGGUUAGCAUCCAGAAAGCCCUGGGUUUGAUUCCAUGGCACCAGAUAAAGAAGCACAAUUAUUUGUGCACUCCAGAAGUGUACUCCAAAAGUGUAAGCAGGAGAAACAAAAGUUCCAGGCCAUCCUCCACAAUAUAGUCCAGUUUGAGGCCAGCCUGGGCUACAUAAGACUCUGUCUCAAAAAAGAAAAAUAAAAAAGGUAUCUAUAGAGCUGGUAGCACAUGCCUAUGAUUCUGGCCCUUGGAAGACUGAGUCAGAGAGAGCAUAGUGACUUAAGACCAGACUGGGAUACACAGCACAGCCCUGCAUAAAAGAAACACUCAUGUCUGAAGACAUUCACUAAAGCCAGCUAUUUGUAAUGAUGAAAACUGGAAACAAGCAAAAUGCCCAAAAACUAAGAUUUGGAACUCUGCUAAUGUUCAGAGCCAGUAAUCCAAGAACAUGGACAAUUCAUGAUGAUAAACAUAAUUAAUGUUGUGUGGGAAUAUCAGAAUCAUGUGGUUUUCUGGUAGUUCCUUAAAAGGUUCAUCAGAAUUACCAUGUAUUAAAAUAUGAAUGUUUUCAAGAGAAGUGAUAACACAUCACACAAAAACUUGUGAGUGGAAGCCAGGGUGAUAGCUCAGAAGGUAAAGAUUCUUGCUGCCAAGUGAUGAGCAGAGCUUGCUCUCCAGACCCCACAUGGUGGAAGGAAAGAAUGGGUCCCCACAAGUUGUCCUAUGACCUCCACACAUAUGCUGUGGCAAUGUGCCCCUCUGCACACAUUAAUAAAAAAUGUGAUGAGGAUAAUUUUAAAAACACCUCAAACUGUUCUUAGCGACAUCAUUCAUAAUAUCCAGAAUGUCCAAAAGAUACCAGUGGAUAAAUACAAUUGGUAUACACACACAGUGGAAUACUAUUUGACCACAACAGAAUAAAUUUUUGGGGUGAUUAAUGUUAUAAAGUUGAUUAUGGGUGAUUGUUAUACAACUGUGAAUAUUGUAGAAGUCAUUCUAGUCAAUGCAUCGCUUUGAAAGAAUGAGUAAGUUACAUCACAAUAAAGUUGCUUUUGA